AUGUUUUAUUUAUAUCUUUAUGCCAAAUCUCAGGUCACUGAAGGAAUCGAUCACCAAGAUGAAACUCCUAAAUCAACAUUCCAGCCUCCAGAACCUGAUCUUUCACCUCGGGCUGCCAAUAUACUAGAAAACGUAAAGAAAGCUCUUUGGCUAUCUGCAUACAAGCGAGACUACACAGGUAGAGGGCGUAUGAACCCAUUGCAGCUAGAUGACUAUGAUGCCAAGCUUAUUGGCAGAACAACAGGAGAACUGGGCAAAAGUGUGGAUCUUAAAGAAUCCCUUCAUUCAGAUAUGUCUCAAGUAAGGCCGUUGGAAGGACGAAUUGCCCGUGUCCUUCAACGCAGGAAGUCACAUCAUCAACAUCCACAUGCUACAGAGAACUAUGAGUCACCACUUCAUUCAAGAGACCAUUGCAGCAUAAACUGGCAUUCAGAGGGAAUGCACAAUAGUGGGAAAGCUCCCCUGAGUCCCCCCAAAGUAAGCCAAAGGGACAAUUACCUGCUCAACAAUUGGAUUCAGUCUGAAACAGCUUGCCAGGAAGAAAACAGUCAAGAUAAGAAACUGCUCUCGAACAGAUUUCGGAAAAUUACCGAUACUUGGAAAACAGAUCAAUUGUACCAUAGGCAAAUUACAGUAUCACCUGAACCAGAUCCAAUUCUAAAGCCUGCUGAAUCCGUUUACUAUGAAGAUUUGCAACCCUCUCAUUUAAACAGAUAUAUUGUGUGGCAUAAUCCUGCCAUUCUCAGUAAGCCAGCCACAAUCUCAACACAACUGAAGUGUGAAAGGUGUAGUAAACCAGAUUCCGAAUGUGCUUCUAGUGUCGGAGAGAUUAUAACAAGCUGCAAUCCAUCCUCAGACUGGAUGCCUAAUUGUGGGAUGGUUCGACCUCAGACAAAAUUACUUGAUAUCCAGGAUUCUUUUACAAAGGGAGAAGCCAUCAAGUACUUGAACGAUCUUACAAGGCGGGGACUAAGAGACCUGAGGGAUCAUGACAGGUAUGGCAGAAAGCAUAAAUUCCAGGGCAUCCAUGCUUUCUUUUUGUAA